AUGGAGCCGCUCAACCGGCUCAAGCGUCGCUCCACCGACUUGCUCAAGCAAGCCCAGGAGAAUCUGCACACCAAGGUCGAUAUGCCCAACCUGUCCGAGAUUCAAGGCAGACUCCCCUCCUUGCCUCACUUUCGCCAGAAAAAGACCCGUCCCGCCAACGACGUCCAAGCCACCUGGGAGCGCAUCGACAUCCCGUCCCUGCCCCGCUCGUCACACACUCUCAACGUUGUAUCCGGAUGCGCCUACGUCUUUGGCGGGGAGGUCGAACCUCGGCAACCAGUUGACAACGAUAUGCACAUCAUCCGGCUACCGUUCAGCAGCGCCGGCGCAGACUACCACAAGGUCAGGGCAAAAGCGACGGCUCUGCCAGAGCAAUCUCAGCAACAGCACAGUCCUCCUGCUUUGAGCGAAUCCCCCACUGCCCACCAAGCGCAGAGCAGCUUGGACGACGUCGCUCUGCAAGAGACGUCAAGUGGCAAAGGAAAAGAAAUCGCCAAAGAUGAAGCCUCGGGCAUGGGCCAGGUUCCCGGUCCGCGAGUCGGCCACGCCACCGCCGUCAUCGGAUCACGCAUCUUCUUGUUCGGGGGACGAGGCGGCCCCGAUAUGCAGCCCCUCCAGGAAGCCGGAAGAGUCUGGGUGUACGACACGCGCUCCCAUACGUGGUCCUAUCUCGAUCCCGCCCCAGCCGUCAAAGGUGGCGCCAUCGUGCCUCACCCUGCUCCUCGAAGCUAUCACUGCGCCACGGCUACAAACCGACCCCAUGAUACCCCUCACCCUGCCGGUUUCAAGAAGCCUCAGACAUGGCGACAGUGGGCCCUGGGCGAUGCAGCAAAGACUGGCAUUCCCCAAAAACCCGUGGUGGGCUACGUCGCCGAAGAAGCCGUCGACCAAGAGUCCGACGGCUACGGGACCUUGCUCAUACACGCAGGCUGUCUCGCUAGCGGCGACCGUACGGGCGAUCUCUGGGCUUUUGACGUCCGCGCCCGCACUUGGACCGAGCUGCCAGCUGCUCCUGGCCCCUCCCGUGGCGGCUCUUCCAUCUGCAUCAGCAAAAGUCGCCUGUAUCGCUUCGGCGGCUAUGACGGCGAAACCGAGGCAGGUGGGCAGCUCGACUUUCUCCAUCUCGAGGUCGAAACAUUUGAUGACGGCCACACCAAAGCCGAGGUUGCCAUCCACGCCCGAGGAGGCUGGCAAACCAUCCGCCAAGGAGACGCGGAUGCAUCGUCAACCGAGAUCCACGCUGAGCUGCACCAGGAGUGGCCUCCCCCCCGAAGCGUCGCCUCGCUGCAAGCACUGACGGUCGGAGGCGGCAAAGAAGUCCUCGUCCUGUGUAUGGGCGAACGAGCCCCCAGUGCGGACGGGCAUGAAGGAGCAGGUACCCUUUGCAACGACGUCUGGACCUUCCAGGUCCCGCCCUUGGGCAUGACCGCGGCAAGCCUAGCCGCGGCCGUGUAUCAGGCCGUGGGCCGAAAGACUGGGGAAGGAAAAUGGCAAAAGCUGCGCACCGGACCCCACGACCACGAGAGCGGCGGUGAAGUGCCGACGCCGAGAGGAUGGCUGGCAAGUGCGCCCAUGACAGAUGUUGAGAGCGCCGUCGUCAUCUGGGGCGGGUUGGGGGCGGAUAACAAGCGCAUUGGCGACGGAUGGAUAUUACGCCUGGGAGAGUGA